AACACCAAUGCUGCUCUUGGUGUUAUUUUAAGGCAUUGAUAAAAAUUAUAUCUAGAUGUUUUUUACUUAAUACCCUGUCAAAUGGCAGGAAAGUGUUUAAAUUGACCAAAUUACAGAAGUUAAAAGUGUAAUCAAAGAUUAAACCCAUCUGUGACUAAUAAGUUUGGAUAAAUUAUCCACAUACACAAGUGUUAAGAUGUGAAUCAUCUAUUCAUAAGAAAGUUAAAUUUGGAUAUUUCUCCCAUUUAAAACGUAUUUUUCCCCAGUCGAGUCAGCACUUUUCACGCAACAGCGUCGAGCUGCGUUCCCCCCAAUAGUUGUUUAUAAUUUGAGUGCUGCGUAAAUCAAUAAAAAAAAUAUUAGAAAAGUUGAUUAAUUUAAGAAAAAAAAAAAAACAAGAAACAGUGAAAUAAAAUGUACGGCAUUGAUAAUUAUCCAAAAAAUUAUCAUGCGAGCGGCAUUGGCCUUGUCAAUCUGGCGGCCCUCGGCUACAGCAAGAAUGAAGUCAGCGACGAUGCGCCGAGCAAACCGAAGUCUGGGCUGUACCCCUCGCUGCCCUAUCCUACGUCGGAGUCGGUGGGCGGCAUGCCAUAUGUGGUGAAGCAAACGGCGCAGGCACAGAAUGCCUCGUAUCAGGGCGGCAGUAUGGGCAUGCCACAGCCGCAGGCAACGCCGUAUCCAAGCGCUGGCUUGUAUCCGAACCUGCCAGCUAUGCCGUUGCCGUAUCCAUCCACGCCCCUGGCGCCCAUACCGAGUGCAUCGCCAUAUCCCAGUGCCACGCCUUAUCCGAGUGCCGCACCUUACCCGAAUGCAAUGCCCUAUCCGAGCGCAGCGCCGUAUCCCAGUGGAAUGCCGUCACUGCCUUAUCCAUCGGCAGGCGGCAUGGGUAUGCCCGGCAUGCCCAUGCCCUACGCGCCCUUGCCGACCAGUCCGGCACCGCAGUCGAUCUACCCAUCGAUGCCGACGCCAUCUGAGCCAGAGGCCAGUGCACCCUCGCCCGAGGAGGAGCCAUCCGUGGGCAUACAGGAGCUGCAGUUUACCAGUGUCAAAGUGCCCGAGAAUCAAAACAUGUUCUGGAUGGGCCGCAAGGCCAGUACGACGCGUCAAAAGAGCGUCCAGGCUACGGACUUUGCCACGCUGCGUGAAUCUUGUGUGUCCAAUGGUACAAUGUUCGAGGAUCCUGAUUUUCCGGCCAAUGAUGCCUCGUUGAUGUUCUCGCGUCGUCCGGAUCGCUACAUCGAAUGGCUGCGACCCGGCGACAUUGUGGACGAUCCGCAGUUCUUUGUCGAGGGCUACUCGCGCUUCGAUGUGCAGCAGGGUGAGCUGGGCGAUUGCUGGCUGUUGGCCGCAGCUGCGAAUCUGACGCAGGACUCGAAGCUCUUCUUCCGCGUGAUACCGCCGGAUCAGGAUUUCCAGGAGAACUAUGCGGGCAUAUUCCAUUUCAAGUUCUGGCAAUACGGCAAAUGGGUGGAGGUUGUCAUCGAUGAUCGUCUGCCCACCUACCACGGGGAGCUGAUAUACAUGCACUCCACGGAGAAAAAUGAGUUCUGGAGCGCGCUGCUGGAGAAGGCAUACGCCAAGCUUCAUGGCUCCUAUGAGGCCCUGAAGGGCGGCACCACCUGCGAGGCUAUGGAGGACUUUACUGGCGGUGUGACCGAGUGGUAUGACAUUAAGGAGGCUCCACCGAAUCUAUUUAGCAUAAUGACCAAGGCAGCGGAGCGUGGCUCGAUGAUGGGUUGCUCUCUGGAGCCGGAUCCGCAUGUGCUGGAGGCCGAAACGCGUGAGGGUCUGAUACGCGGUCAUGCGUACUCCAUAACCAAGGUCUGCCUCUUGGACAUAUCGACGCCCAAUCGUCAGGGCAAGCUGCCCAUGAUACGCAUGCGUAAUCCUUGGGGCAACGAAGCCGAAUGGAGCGGCCCCUGGAGCGAUAGCUCGCCCGAGUGGCGCUUCAUACCGGAGCACCAGAAGGAAGAGAUUGGCCUGAAUUUCGAUCGUGAUGGUGAAUUCUGGAUGUCGUUCCAAGACUUUCUCAACCACUUUGAUCGCGUCGAGAUUUGCAACAUGUCGCCAGACUCGCUGACCGAAAACCAGCAGCAGAGCUCGCGCCGCAAGUGGGAGAUGUCCAUGUUCGAAGGCGAGUGGUCAUCGGGUGUGACGGCGGGCGGUUGCCGCAACUUUUUGGAAACGUUCUGGCACAAUCCGCAGUAUAUUAUCUCGCUGGAGGAUCCCGACGAGGAGGACGACGACGGCAAGUGCACAGUGAUUGUCGCGUUAAUGCAAAAGAAUCGUCGCAGCAAGCGCAACGUGGGCAUCGAUUGUCUGACCAUUGGCUUUGCCAUUUACCAUCUGACGGAUCGCGAUAUGCAAGUGAAGCCGCAGGGCUUGAAUUUCUUCAAGUAUCGCGCUUCGGUGGCGCGUUCACCGCAUUUCAUCAAUACACGUGAGGUUUGUGCACGCUUCAAACUGCCUCCUGGUCAUUAUUUGAUAGUGCCCUCGACCUUUGAUCCAAAUGAGGAGGGCGAGUUUAUUAUACGCGUCUUCUCCGAGACCAUGAACAACAUGGAGGAGAACGACGAUGAGGUGGGCUUUGGCGAGACGGAUGAUCGCAUUGCGCCGGCGCUGCCGCCACCCACACCCAAGGAGGAGGAUGAUCCGCAGCGCAUUGCACUCAAGCGUCUCUUCGACAGCGUUGCGGGCAGCGACGAGGAGGUGGACUGGCAGGAACUCAAGCGCAUACUGGAUCAUUCGAUGCGCGACGUCAUGGUCGGCACCGAUGGCUUCUCCAAGGAUGCGGUACGCUCCAUGGUCGCCAUGCUGGACAAGGAUCGCUCCGGCCGACUCGGCUUUGAUGAGUUCGAAGCGCUCCUCACAGACAUUGCCAAAUGGCGUGCCGUAUUCAAGCUGUACGACACCCGACGCUCCGGCACCAUCGAUGGCUUCCACUUGCGUGGCGCUCUUAACUCUGCAGGCUAUCAUCUGAACAACCGGCUGCUCAAUGCGCUGGCCCAUCGCUACGGCUCACGGGAGGGCAAGGUGCCCUUCGAUGAUUUCCUCAUGUGCGCCAUCAAGGUGAAGACCUUCAUCGAGAUGUUCCGCGAACGUGACACAGACAAUUCCGAUACGGCAUUCUUUAAUCUGGAUGAUUGGCUGGAGCACACCAUCUACUCCUAAAGAGCCACUCAGUCCCAACCAGUUUAAUCUUAACUAAUCCUAAGUGCCACGUUUACUUAUAUACACCAUAUAUACAUAUAUAAUUAGAUGCUCUACAGAUGAUGAUGCACUCAUGACGCUGCAGCGAAUCAACAAAGGCGAACCUUAUCAUAUAACAAACGCUACAGUAAGACCACAACUAAACGGAAAUACAAAUUCAUGUAUGCAUUAAUUUUAUUGACCUUGAGGAGCCUCAAAGCGGCGGCGCUCGACGAGGUAGAAAAUAAAAACCAGAAAAUCAACAGAACAUGCCGAUUGCGCUGUGUGUACAGAGGCAUUAUACACGCGAGAUACUGGCCCAGUAUAUAUGAUGUAUAUAGUAUAUAUAGCGUGCGCAUAGUUGUAUUUAUGACUAAUGGCUAAAUGGAACUGGGCCCCAUUCACAUUCUUCGUUCUCCGCAAUAGCCAAAAAGCCGCCAGUACAAAAUGAUAAAUGUGCUUUAUAUUAACUAGCAAAAUGCUGCAGCAUAUAGAAGUUUAACUCUUAAAAUAUCGAAUGUAUAUUUUUUUACACUAUUGCAAUCUCUUGUCAUCUAUUUGUUCAGGUGCUAAACUCAAACUCGAAAACUAAUCGAUCAAAAAUGCGGCUAUUAAAUGAACUCUCCUCUGUAUCUAAGGGCAGUUUGUGGAAGCCACAACGAAUCACUUUUAAAAGUGUGUUUAUAUGAAUAAAGUAUAAAAUAGUUUCGACUCAAUACUCGGCAAAACAAGUUUGUAUACGAAAAAAAAAAAGGAAAAGGUGAUUCGAAACAAGUUUACAAUUCGUAUUAAAUAUGAACUAAUUUCUAUGUGUAAUUGUUAUCAACUUUA